UGGCUGUGGGUCCAUUUCACAGGCCUGCCUCCUCUCCCUAACGAUCUUCCUCGUCCCCGGGCCAACUCGGACAGUUUGCUCGUUUAUUGCAACGGUCAAGGCUGGCUCGUGCCAGAACAGCGUGCGCGCGCGCACACACACGCACACACACACGCGCCGGGGAAAACUUUUUUAAAAAAAUGAAAGCCUAGACUAGCUCUUCAGCGGCCGGGCGCUGCGCGAGGGGUUCGGAGUUGACUCCCCGCAGCAGGAAGUCCCUCGGGCCGCGACGCCCGGCCCCCUCUCGGCGCCCGCGGGGGAUGGUGCAGCGCCUGCCGCCCGGCCCCGAGAGCUGCUGCUGCACGGAAGGCCGGCGACGAUGGCAGCGCGCCCGCUGCCUGCGCCCCCCGCCCGCGCCCUCCUGCUCGCCCUGGCCGGGGCUCUGCUGGCGCCGCGCGCGGCCCGAGGGGUGAACUUGGGAAGCAGAUUCGUACCUUCCGUGCAACAGGCCGGCACGAGGGACGGGAGAGGAGCUUACGAAGUGGUCAGUGCCUCUCUUUUGAAUGGAGACCCGUGGAACCCAGUGACAAACGCAGACACAAAGAAUCAUCCAGGAGUCUUGAAUUUUCGAAUACAACUGGAAAGCAAAGAACUGAUUGUAAAUCUGGAAAGAAACAAAGGCCUCAUUGCCAGCGGUUUCACAGAAACCCACUAUCUGCAAGAUGGCACUGACGUCUCCCUCAUCCGAAAUUACACAGGUCACUGUUACUACCAUGGACACGUGCAGGGCUAUUCUGGUUCCACGGUCAGUCUCAGCACUUGUUCUGGUCUCAGGGGACUUAUUACAUUUGAAAAUAAAACCUACAUUUUGGAGCCAAUGAAAAAUGAAACCAACAGAUACAAACUCUUCCCAGUGGAGAACCUGCAGAGCACCUGGGGACCCUGUGGAUCAAACACAACGGGCCUCGCUAUGCAUGACAGGCUCCCACCGCCCUCCCAGACCUGGACAAGAAGGCAAAAAAGAGAGACCCUCAAGACGACCAAGUAUGUAGAGCUCGUUAUUGUGGCAGACAACCGAGAGUUUCAGAGGCAAGGAAAAGACCUGGAAAAAGUCAAACAACGAUUAAUAGAGAUCGCUAAUCACGUUGACAAGUUUUACAGACCGCUGAACAUUCGAAUCGUGUUGGUGGGCGUAGAGGUGUGGAACGACAUCGACAAAUGCUCCAUAAGUCAGGACCCAUUCACGAGCCUCCACGAGUUUCUGGACUGGAGAAAGAUGAAGCUUCUACCUCGCAAAUCCCAUGACAACGCACAGCUUAUCAGUGGAGUGUAUUUCCAGGGGACCACCAUCGGCAUGGCGCCCAUUAUGAGCAUGUGCACGGCGGAACAGUCCGGGGGAAUCGUCAUGGACCAUUCAGACAGUCCCCUUGGCGCGGCUGUGACCCUGGCCCAUGAGCUGGGACACAAUUUCGGGAUGAACCAUGACACCCUGGAGAGGGGCUGUAGCUGCAGAACGGCUGCUGACAAAGGAGGCUGCAUCAUGAACCCCUCAACCGGGUAUCCGUUCCCCAUGGUAUUCAGCAGCUGCAGCAGGAAGGACCUGGAGGCCAGCCUGGAGAAGGGCAUGGGUAUGUGCCUCUUUAACCUGCCGGAAGUGACGCAGUCCUUUGGGGGCCAGAAGUGCGGGAAUGGAUAUGUCGAAGAAGGAGAGGAGUGUGACUGUGGCGAACCGGAGGAGUGUCUGAACCUCUGCUGCAACGCCACCACCUGUACCCUGAAGCCGGAUGCUGUCUGCGCACACGGACUGUGCUGUGAAAACUGCCAGCUGAAGCCUGCAGGAACGGCGUGCAGGGACUCUAGCAACUCCUGCGACCUCCCGGAGUUCUGCACGGGAGCCAGUCCUCACUGCCCGGCCAACGUGUACCUGCAUGACGGGCACCCGUGUCAGGGAGUGGAUGGCUACUGCUACAACGGCAUCUGCCAGACCCACGAGCAGCAGUGCAUCACCCUCUGGGGACCAGGUGCUAAACCUGCCCCCGGGAUCUGCUUCGAGAGAGUCAACUCUGCAGGCGACCCUUACGGCAACUGCGGCAAAGACUCCAAGAGCUCCUUCGCCAAGUGCGAGAUGAGAGAUGCUAAAUGUGGAAAAAUCCAGUGUCAAGGAGGUGCCAGCCGACCAGUCAUCGGUACAAAUGCCGUUUCCAUAGAAACGAAUAUCCCCCUGCAGGAAGGAGGUCGGAUUCUGUGCCGUGGGACCCACGUGUACUUGGGCGAUGACAUGCCGGACCCAGGGCUUGUGCUUGCCGGCACAAAGUGUGCAGAUGGAAAAAUUUGCCUCAAUCGUCGGUGUCAGAACGUAAGUGUCUUCGGUGUUCACGAAUGUGCGGUGCAAUGCCACGGCAGAGGGGUGUGUAACAAUAGGAAGAACUGUCACUGCGAGGCCCACUGGGCUCCUCCCUUCUGUGACAAGUUUGGCUUUGGAGGAAGCAAGGACAGCGGCCCCAUCCGGCAAGCAGGUAACCAAGGUUUAACGAUAGGAAUUCUGGCGACCAUCCUGUGUCUUCUUGCUGCUGGAUUUGUGGUUUAUCUCAAAAGGAAGACAUUGAUACGACUGCUGUUUACAGAUAAGAAAACCACCAUUGAAAAGCUAAGGUGUGUGCGCCCUUCCAGGCCGUCCAGUGGCUCCCAGCCUAGUCAGGCUCACCUUACCCACCUCAGCAAAGGGCCGAUGAGGAAGCCGCCACCUUCCAACACACCUAAGGACAAUCCCAGGAGAUUGCCGCAGUGUCAGCAUGUGGACAUCAGCAGACCCCUCAAAGCCCUUGACGCCGCCCCUCUGCCCAGUUCUUCUCAGCGAGGACUCCCGCCCCUGCACCCGGCUCCUCGUGUGCCCUGCGUCCCUGCCAGACCUCUGCCGGCCAACCCUGCACUCAGACAGGCCCAGGGAACUCGUAAGCCAAACCCUCCUCAGAAGCCUCUGCCUGCAGAUCCUUUAAGCAGGACAACCCGGCUUGCCAGGACCCCGGGACAGCAGGAGUCUGGGCUCCGCCGGGCGCCCAUCAGACCUGCUUCCAAACAGCCCCAUCAAGUGCCCAGAGCCACCCACAUCGCCUAUGCAAAGUGAGAAGCAAGCCAACAGCGUUGUUCAACAGUGAAGACAGAAGUUUGCACUAUCCAUCUCUCAACUCCAGUUGGAGUUACUUUUUGUACCAACUUUUAGAAUUUUUUUAAUGUUUCAAACACCAUGAUUUGAAGAACUUUGAGCUACUGCCGUCGGUGCUGUGCUGUGCUAUGGUGCUGUGUAUACUUUUACUUGCUCAGGUACUUGUAAAUUAUUAAUUUAUGCAGAAUGCUUGCUACAGCGCAGUGCGCUGUAGUGGGCGUUUUUUUUGUGUGUUUUUUUUAAAACCAUCACUGAGUUUUCCAUGGAAGGAAGGCUUUUUGUGCUUUGAAUAGUUUAGUGAACUUGAAAUAUCGUGCUUUAUGGGAUUCUGGACAGGAUGUUUACUUUUUGAAGGAGGCUGUAUUGGACAGCAACUCCGCAGCUACCCAUGGCUGUGGUUAUGGUACCAGACACAGCUCAAGAGACCCCAGGUAGAGCCUCGAGUGAUUUUCUGGAACCCCUGCUCUCAGGCCAGAGCCUGGCUUCUGGUCCAGCCUAUGCUUGGCUUGCAGGGAUAACCUGGGCCCUGUCACAGCUGAUAGGUUGGCCCACCAGGGUUAUUAUCCCUUGAAGCUCUAGGGUAACAGGGAAGGACCUGGCUUCUGGCCAGGAAGCUUUGGAGAGAACCUGGGUUGCGGAAAGGAAUUUUAAGGUGUGGCCGCACCAGUAUAGAGACUGGAACACGAGGCCAGCCAGAAACUUGACCUUGAGCUCACCAGCCCUGAGAGCAUUUGGAGAGCAGGCAGAGAAGUUUGAAACACCAAGAACUUCUUUCCCUGGCUGCCCUUUAAGGAGUGCUGGCGUCAGCACCUUAUUUAGAUUGGGAAAGGUGGUGCUUCUACAAGACAGCUACUGCCCAAGCACUGCAAACCUCCAUCUCCCUGUACUGCUUGGAGCUAAACAAAUUACCACCUUGUGUUCUCGACUAUAAUACAAUGACUCUGUGUUCCGACAGAUCGAUGAGGCUUUCCGUGGAGCACAACUAUUUUCAGAUGUGAACCAGUAACCAGAUCUAGUGAAUCAAUUCUGUAGAUAAAACUCUUCUUUUACCACAAGGUUCAACUGAUUAAAAUUAGGCAGAAUCCCUGGGCUUGCAAAAACUGCAACCAAAUGGAAUGCUCUGCUCAUCGGGACAGGUUAGGGUCUGCCAUCCUUGUUAGUACAUGUUGAACGAAGAACCCUAAGUUACUAUUAAGUUCUCUUUGGGGCAUCUUAUUUUCCCAACUUGGCUGAGGAAAUCUUUAAAAGAUGUUUUUGGCACAGAGUCGGAAUCUAUUUCUUAAGCACUUACAACUUACCUGUUGAGCGUCACAGAAACGGGAUAAGGAAAUCAAAGUCGUGAUCAAUAGUCACGAAGCGCAGUCUUGGGCAGCAGCCUUUCACUCUUUAGAUGUCUGACUGGGGAGCCAUUUCCAAAAGGAGAUCUUGAAGAUGCUUGUAUCUAAGGGCAUGAAAAUUACAAAAUGACUCAGACAAGGUAAAGUACUAUUAUGCCUCUGUCUGCCUUCUAGUGGGGUCACGUGCGACUGGUUUUCACAUUAGAAGGCAACUGACAGCAGUUCCAUAAUCCACUCUGUUUUAUGAGAGGGACUUCAUCUGGGGUCAUUUCAAUGGUUUUUCUACGCCUUGAAGCAGAAAGACAAAACGUACCAAGAAUCUUGGUUUGCCUUCCAGAAACAAGAGUGCAUUUAACUUUCCCCGUGUUCCCACUGUAUCCAGGCAACAGUAUUCACGAUCGUGGAUAAACUCAAUAAAAUCCAUGUCACACACACAUACACACACACACACACAAAAGGGAACUCGGCUCUAAUACAUUCCAACUCUUAUAGCAUGCAACUGUUCAUUAUACAUUUAUUAAUUUCUUAAAACUAUAAAGCCAUGUUAGAAACUAUUACUGCUGAGGAGUACAUACAGAAUUACUAUAACUGGUAUUAUAUUUGGUAACUAUACUAAGGCCAAAACAUAUGCUGUUGAAAAGUUUACAGAAUUUUUAUGGUGCAUCAUGUGGGUAUUGUCUUCGUAGAUGCCCAAAUCCUUGCAGCUGGCAUUGUAGCCCCUUCUGCUAGUGCAAGGAAGAGGAUGUGAACUUUUUUUGUCUGUCCUUAAUUAUAAUUCCUAUGCUUCUAUUUCAGAGAACCAGGAAUAGUUUGAUAUUAAAGGAGAUUAAUGCUGUGA